CACGACUCUAGUGUCUAGUGUGCUCCUUCUUAGCAUGUCUUUUCGUGUCUUGUUUCUUGUCAUGUCGUUCUCUCUCGUCUGUAUCCUCUUCUAUAUCUACUACCUCCUUCUCAUUGAUACUGCUUCAAGUGCCAGCCAAAUGCAGUAUGGUACUACUCUUGCUCUAAGUACAAAUGGGGCUUAUAAUGAUGUAGGUACUUCAACUGAAGGAUUUACCGAAGUUACAGGUGAUUCAACAUCAUCGCUGUCUGAGCAGACGCAGGAAGUUACACCACUGGUGGAGGAUGAUGAAAUUGAGAUCUCCAGUAAGGAUCUUAAGCUGUACGGUCCUCACUUGCAACUAGACGGCUGCGGUUCAAAAUUACACGAUUUUCUAGUACGUGAUAGUGUGGAAAGUGACUAUGUUGAUGGGUUUAAUAAUUCUCAUCAAGAAAAAUAUUCAGGACUUGUUGGCGAGCCCGUAACUACUGAAGAAAACAAAGACUAUAGCAUAAGAGAUGUUCUUGAUGCUGAAAUACAUACCGCAUUGCGAAAAGGGAUUUACAAUAUUUCUAAAAAAAUUAUCGACGAAACUGAUGAUGUUAAUAUUAAAGGUUUGGAUGGUCAGGUACCUUUGCAUUUGGCCGCGGCGGGGGGCGACGAAUCUCUUGUGAAUUUGUUGUUAUCAAAAAAUGCAAAUAUAAACGUAAUGGACGAUUGCGAUGACACUCCUAUUCAUUAUGCAGUACGAGGAGGACAUCUCAAUAUAGUCAAGAUACUUCUCAAUCAUCGUGCCAAUGUCAACAUUAAAGGUAAUUUUGAUAUGACGCCGUUGUUCAUCGCGGUUGGUUUCGGCUAUGAAUCUAUAGUAAACUUAAUUUUAUCGAAUAAUGUAAGUGUGAAUAUAGGGGAUGAUGUUGAUACAUCUCCUUUGCAUUUAGCAGUGAUCACAAAGAGCAUAAACAUGGCCAAAGCUCUUCUCAAUAAAGGAGCUAAAGUCGAUAGCCAGAGAUAUGGCGGAGUGACACCUUUGAUGAUCGCUGUUUCGAAAGGUGACGAAGCGAUGGUGAAUUUAUUGUUGUCAAAGAAUGCAAGUGUGGAUGUACAGAACAAGAAUGGUAAAAGUGCCUUGCAUUUAUCAAUAAUUAAAAAUAACAUGAACAUAGCCAAAGCACUUCUUGGUAAUGAUGCUAAUGUCAAUAUCCAAGAAAAUAAUGGAAUGACACCUUUGAUGUUAGCUACUUUCAAUGGUGAUGAAGCUAUGGUGAAUUUAUUGUUGUCAAUGAAUGCAAAUGCCAAUAUAAAAAACGUGGAUGGCUUAUCUCCAUUGGAUUUAGCAGUAGGUAAAAAGAACAUAAACCUGGCUAAAACUCUUCUUAAAAACGGAGCAGACGUCAAUAGCCAGAAUAAUAAUAGAGAGACACCUUUGAUGUUCGCUACUUGGAAUGGUGAUGAAGCUAUGGUGAAUUUAUUGUUGUCCAAUAAUGCAAGUUUGAAUAUAAAGAACAGGAUAGGUAAAAGUGUCUUGCAUUUAGCAAUAAUUAAAAAGAACAUAAACAUAGCCAAAGCUCUUCUCAAUUACGGAGCUGACGUCAAUAUCCAGAAUAAUAAAAGAGAGACACCUUUGUUCUCCGCUACUUUGAAUGGUGACGAAGCUAUGAUGAAUUUAUUGUUGUCAAUGAAAGCAAGUGUGAAUAUAAAAAAUGUGAAAGGUUUCACUCCCUUGUAUUUAGCACUAUAUAAAAAGAACAUAAACCUGGCUAAAACUCUUCUUAAUAACGGAGCAGAUGUCAAUAGCCAGAAUGAUAAUAGAGAGACGCCUUUAAUGUUCGCUACUUUCAAUGGUGACGAAGAUAUGGUGAAUUUAUUGUUGUCAAUGAAUGCAAGUGUGAAUAUAAAAAACGUGAAAGGUUUCACUCCCUUGUAUUUAGCAGUAGGUAAAAAGAACAUAAACUUGGCUAAAACUCUUCUUAAAAACGGAGCAGACGUCAAUAGCCAGAAUAAUAAUAGAGAGACGCCUUUGAUGUUAGCUACUUUGAAUGGUGACGAAGAUAUGGUGAAUUUAUUGUUGUCAAUGAAUGCAAGUGCCAAUAUAAAAAACGUGGAUGGUUUAUCUCCGUUACUUUUAGCAGUAGGUAAAAAGAACAUAAACCUGGCUAAAACUCUUCUUAAUCACGGAGCAAACGUCGAUUCCCAAGAAUAUAGCGGAGCUACACCUUUGAUGACAGCUGUUUUGAAUGAUGAUGAAGCCAUGGUGAAUUUAUUGUUAUCAAAGAAUGCAAGCAUGGAUAUAAAUAAUAACGAAGGCAAUACGCCCUUACAUUUAGCAGUGAUUACAAAGAACAUAAACAUGGCCAAAGCUCUUCUUAAUAACGGAGCAAACGUCAAUUUCCAGGAUUAUCACGGAGGAACUCCUUUGAUGAUGGCUGUUUGGAAUGAUGACGAAGCUAUGGUAAAUUUAUUGUUGAUGAAUAAUGUAAGUGUGAAUAUGAAGAAUUUGAAUGGUACCUCUCCGUUACAUUUUGUAGUGUUUCUUAAAAAGAACAUAAACAUAGCCAAAGCUCUUAUCAAUAAUGGAGCAGACGUCAAUAUCCAGAAUAAUGAAAGAGAGACACCUUUGAUGUUAGCUACUUUGAAUGAUGACGAAGAUAUGGUGAAUUUAUUAUUGUCAAAGAAUGCAAAUGUGAAUAUAGAAGACACAAAUGGUAUCUCUCCCUUACAUUUAGCAGUGAUUAUAAAGAGUACAAAGAUGGCCAAAGCUCUUCUCAAUAACGGAGCUAAAGUCGAUAGCCAGAAAUACGAUGGAGUGACACCUUUGAUGACCGCUGUUUGGGUUGGUGAUGAACCUAUGGUAAAUUUAUUGUUGCUAAAGAAUGCUAGCGUUGAUAUAAAGAGUCUUAUUGGUGAUACUGCCUUGAAUUUAGCAGCAGUUCUAAAAAACAUGAACAUAGCUAAAACCCUUCUUAACAAUGGAGCUGACAUCAAUAUCCAAGACAAUAUCGGAAUGACACCUUUAAUAAGAGCUGCUUUGAAUGGUGAUGAAGCUCUAGCAAAUUUACUUAUUUCAAAAAAUGCUUCAUUAAAAAUAAGAGACAAAUUUGGUAAUACGGCAAUACAUUUUGCAGCUCGUAGUGGAAACAUUAAAGUCAUCAAGAUCCUUCUUGGUCACGGUGCGGAUGUUAAUAGCAAAGGAGACAAUGGUAAAACACCUCUACAUUUCGCUGUUCGAAAGGGUGAUGAAAGCUUGCCGUUGUUACGAAAAUUAUUAAUUCAUCAUCAUGGAAUUGCGAAUGAUCACGGAUUAAAUAAAGAAGAAAAAACUUCUUUCUCAAUAUCGCAGACCUCCUUUGGAAUAAAAGCAGACCUUGAGCACGACGAAACGCAGACUGUCUUAGUGAUGCAGACGCUCUUAGAACAAGGAGCCGAACUGAAUUCACAAAAUUAUGUCGGAAGAACAUUGCUCCAUGAAGCUGCUGCUUUAGGUUAUGUUCGAAUCGUUAACUUCCUGCUAUCCCGGAAUGCCAGCCUCAAUAUCGAAGAUUAUGUUUGCUUCACCCCAUUCCAGUGGGCGGCUAAUAAUGGAAAUAUAGAUAUAAUAAAGAUCUUGUUGCAAUACAGGGAUGAUGUAAAUAGAAAAGGUUGCAACAAUGUCACAGCCUUACACUUAGCAAUCAGAAGAAAUGAAACUGAUUUUAUUAAAUAUCUUCUCUCGAAGAAUGCAGAUCCGAAUGUGAUGAGUGAAGAUGGACGAACUCCUUUAGAUUUGACUUUUGAUCCUUUGUUAAAAGACAUUAUGAAAUUACUUCUUACUCAUGGAGCCAAAGUGGAAGAUAAUAGCUUCUUAGGAUCAAAAAUUCUUUUCGAUGCUGUUUCAAAUAAAUCAAUAGAAAUUGCAAGACUCCUGUUGAAUAAGAGCAUAAAUUUUGACUCCUACCCGACAGCUAUUCUUAACCAUGCCAUUGGGACGCGGUAUUCAGAGGGAUUUAAUAUGCUCAUCUCUCACGGAGCAAACAUUGUGGAGAAAGACAUCCAUGGUAAUCGUCCUCUUACUUUAGCAGUUAUGUCUAGAAGUACUGAGUUCGUUAAAUUAAUUUUAGAAACAGGAUCUAGUAAAAUCAAUAAGAAGAAUUUUCAAACUUUUUUGGAUGCAGACUGUGACGUAAAGCUUCUUACGCCAAGGAACGACGUUGUACAGAUCCUUAAUGCAACAGCUCUGCACGUUGCAUCCUUCUACGGUCUGAAGGAUAUUGUCAUACUCUUGAUAUCAAACAGAGCUUCUUUAGACCUCAGAGAUAAACGAAGAUGUUCCCCACUCCACUAUGCCUGUGAGAAUGAUCAUGUGGAAAUAGUAAAACUGCUAUUGGAUUCUAGAUGCAACAAAAGUCCUGCCGAUAUCAACGGCACAACUCCCCUUCACAUAACCUGCAGAAAAGGUCUGUUUCCAAUCGCUAAAUUAUUACUUUCUGAUCCACCAGCAGCCAUAGAUCAAGCUGAUAAGAUUGGAUACACACCUCUUCAUUUUGCAGCUAUGAAUGGAUUUCUAGACAUCACCGAAUUGUUAUUGAAUCUUAAUGCUUACAGAGAAGCUAAAACUUUAGAUUUCAAAACUCCACUACAUUUAGCUUCACGAGGGGGUCAUGAGAAAGUGGUGAAAAUAUUGUUGAGUAAAGGGGUUGAAAAAGAUGCAUCUGACAUUGAUGGUAUGACGGCGUUACAUUUCGCUGCGAGAGAAAGGUAUUUGUAUGUUGUUAAAGAGCUGAUUCAUUCCAAUGUUUUCAUCAAUAGCAGAAACAGGAACGGUAGCACACCAUUGCACAUGGCAUGCGAGCGCAACACCAAAUCGACUCGAAAGAGAGGAGAGAUUAUCAUGUUUCUGAUAACAUACAACGCAGAUGUCAGUGCCAAGGACCACGACCAAAUGACACCGUUACAUGUCGCAUCAAGAGACGAUUCUUCAGAAGUUAUAGAGAUCCUUAUAACACUAGGAGCGGAUCGAUUCAGUAGGGAUAAAUUGCUCAACCUACCAAUCCAUUACGCUGCAUUAUUCGGUCAUUAUGCAGUAAUAAUUAACUUAUUUGAGACCGGAAUAAAUGAUAGCAAAAUUAAUUCGAGGCAAAGUAUAUCUGUGAAUAUUAAUAAAGAAACCCCUUUGUUCUUGGCUUCAAGAGAAGGGCACACUAAGGUGGUAGCUUUGCUCUUACAGAUCGGAAUCGAAACUAUUCAGCCCGACACCACAGAAAGAACUCCUUUGCACCGCAGCGCUGCCAGAGGUCACUUCGAAAUAGUAAAACUCCUUCGUAAAGCCCUUUUAAAUAUUGAAAAGGAAGAUAAAUGGGGAUUUACAGCUUUAAACUACGCUGCUUCUUGGAAAGGACACCAGGAUGUUAUAGGAUACCUUUCGACUACUCAACUAAAUAUCACAUUGACAUAUUAUUUAAAUAAAUCAAAUCCUUUGCAACAUAAUUUGGAUAAUCAUGCUUCAAUACAGAUAAAAAAGUUACCUGGUAUAGUAUCGGGAUUACGUUAUUCUUUUAACGUAGACCCAGGAAAUAUCAGGUACAUUUAUUCUGUUGAAAAUGAACAUGACUGAAUGAAUAUUUUCAUUUGUUUUCGAGGAAAUACUCAAUACAAAUAUAGUUGGCUGCCAUAUAAUAAAUUAAUAUCAAACAUAUAAAACUAAUUUAAAGAUAAAAAUUCAUUUGUUUACAAUGACAUCAUCUCAUUGAUUCAUUGAUCACGCUUUUAGAUAUAGGAACAAACAUAUCAUAAAUAUCACCAUUUGUAAAGCCCUAUUUCUUUCUAUGUUGUAUUAUUUUAUUAGAAUUUAUUUACUUUAUUUUUUUAUUAUUUAUUUUUCUAUCAUAAUGUAUAUAAUGUAUUUAUGUUUCUAUUAUUUAAUUUUUGCUAUACUGGUAUGUACUCCUAGUGUUGUUUAUUUCUAUUUUGGUUUCACUAAAUAGAUUACUUUUUUUUUUACUAUAAUAUAGUGAACAUUUUUAAAAAAUGCACAAAACCAUGUUAUGAUUCUGUCUAUAUUUUUUUUGUUUUAAACAGACAUAACAAUGUUUUUUUUUUUGUUUUUUUUGAUAAUGGAAUGCAUUUUUAUAUUAUAUAUUUUUAGUAACUAUGUAUAUAUUAACUUUUUUUAAAAUUAUUUUCUUAAAUAGAUCUUUUGGAAAAAUAUAAUCUAAGAGAGUAAUGUU